AUGCGCUCGGAUUCUGCACCAGGGCUCUCUCAGAGUAUUUUUGAGGAUCUCGCUGACGCCGCCGCCAAAUCGAAACGUCUUAUCACUCGCUUGUACGAGUCUCCGCAUGCAGUCCAAUGCGUUUUUCGUGCGUUGCCGCCCAUCGCACGUCUGUACGUGGCACGAAUUAUCUACCUGCCGUCGAAUCAGGAGGUUAGUGUCGAUAGUUUCCGACAAUGCCUGCGCCGCCGCCAGCGCGCUUACGAUCGUCACGACAGUGCGAUUCUUGCUCUCAAAGCGCUUCACGUGCUUGUAGAAGUGGAAACCCUUGUCGAUGGACCGGGCCGCAAGGAAACACGAUUGCAGCUUAAUGAUAAGUUCGCUGAAAAUCUGCGGAGAUCUGUAACCUAUGGCGUCGAACCAGUCUUCGGCGGUCCAUGCGAGGACAUUGAGAUGGUUGACGUCGAAAGUCGGGAGGUGGUCACGAAGAAAAUGGACGAGUUCUCCGCGGCAAAGCUUGACCGGAUUCUGAACUUUCUCGUAGAAUCGAACGGUUCCAACGCUCCGGGUGGGACUGUUGUCCAAGCGCUUGCGCAGGUUGGGAUCCUGGAAUCCAAAUCGAUUGGACUGUGUAUCACGAGCUCUGGAUUUCAGUUUCUUUUGAAGGACUCGUUCGCUCAGUUGUGGGUGCUACUGCGAAGUAUCGUGAAUACGCAGUUUCGAGGUGAGGAGCUGGAUGCUUGGGAGCUAAUUUUCAAACUGUCCUUUGCGUGCCCUGGGAAAGAAUAUCGCGAUCCACAUCUCUCCAAAUGUCAGCGAGAAUUAAUGGCAGAGCUGCACGAGCUAGGUAUUGUAAGGCUUGGAGAAGAUGCCACUUUCCGUCCCACCACAGUUGGUGUUCGUCUACUAACCUCGGCCAGUCGGAUUCAGUCAGGACCAGCGUCAACAGCAGACGCAUCGUCGAUGGUGAAAAUCGCAGGAGAGAUUGAGAUCUUCGUUGAAACAAACUUUCGCGUCUACGCGUAUACCACUUCAAAUUUUCAGACUAAUUUGCUUGCCCUCUUCACGCAUAUGCGGUACAAACUGCCCAGCAUGGUAGUAGGACACCUAACUAGAGACGCAGUGCGAAGAGCUCUGAUGAGUGGGAUCACUGGGGAUCAAAUUAUUGGCUAUUUAAACGCUCACGCCCACCCAAGGAUGAAAAGAGGAGUGAUUCCUUCGAAUGUGAGUGACGAAAUUAGAUUGUGGGAAGCUGAACAGGAUCGAGUCCAGACAACUCCUGGAGUACUUCUAAGUGACUUUGAAAGUCAAGAAGCAUUUGAAAAAGUAAUGUCGUACGCUUACGACUUAGGAGCCAGCGUCUGGAGUGACCGGGACCGAUUAAAGGUAAUAGUAGCUAGAGAAGCAUAUGGGUCUGUGAGAGGCUUCAUGAAUUCCAAUGAUUUGCAUUAAAGGAGCAAAUCAUCUCGAGUGUCCCGAAA